AUGAACGUAAGCGUAUUAUGUGUACAAUUUUGCCCAGUCUAUAAAGAUCCUCAGGCAUCAAUGGAAAAAGUCAGCUCUAUGCUUGCUAAUUUUAUAAAUGCUGACAUUGUUGUCCUUCCUGAAAUGGCGUUUCCUGGUUACACAUUUGAUGAUAUCGAAGACAUAAGACCAUACCUUGAAUUACCAAACUCAGAAUAUCCAACUUUUAGAUGGUGCAGAGACCAAGCGCAACGACUGGGAGCACACAUCUUCUGUGGUUACCCUGAAAAAUAUGAAGAAGGAGGCUAUAAUUCUAUGAUGGUCUUGAAUCCUCAAGGCGUACUUAUAAAGAAUUAUAGGAAGCAUCAUCUUUAUGUAAUUGACAAAAAUUGGUCAAGAGAAGGAGAAAUAUUCGACUCAGUUACGAUAACAGUAGCAGAAAAUCAAUUAAUUGUAGGGCUUGGAAUCUGUAUGGACAUAAAUCCUUAUGAAUUCAGAGACUAUGAUCUGCACGAAUUGGCUGACUUUUGGCAGUCUCAAAACGUUGACUUGUGUGCAUUUUGUACAAACUGGACUUAUACUGAUGGAGAUGAAUUGCAAUUGUUGAAUUAUUGGCUGUGGAGGCUGGAGCCUUUGCUGAAAACUCAAAGAAAAGUUUAUUUUUUAGCAGCUGAUAGGAUUGGAGAAGAAAAAGGAACCAAAUAUAGUGGAGCAAGCUGUGUAAUUGAGUUAAGCUCAAAGCCAAGAUUACUCGGGAUGCUAGAGAGAACAGUAGAAAGCGUGCUAUUGUGUAAUAUUAGAAUAGAUAAAUAG